AUGUCGUCGUUCCGACCCUCGUCCAUCACGCCUCUUCGGCAGUGGGCAACCGCCAGGGCCGCCUCCUCGGCUAGGACGUCGGUGACUCCGCUUGCGGUGCGCUGCUCCUCGUCGACGAGCAGCUCGACCUCUGCGAUUGCCUACAAGGCCCUCCGCCGCCGCUCCGCGCCUCUUCCGAAGACGAGCAACCCGCCGGCGUGGUCGACCCAGGCGGCCGUGUCCAACAUCCUGUACGAGACUCCGGUACCGGAGACGGCCCCCCCGAAGCGUCACAUCCUCAACUGCCUCGUGCAGAACGAGCCGGGCGUGCUGUCCCGCCUGUCGGGCAUCAUCGCCGCCCGCGGCUUCAACAUCGAGUCCCUCGUCGUCUGCAGCACCGAGGUCGAGGACCUGUCGCGCAUGACCAUCGUCCUGACGGGUCACGACGGCGUCGUCGAGCAGGCCCGCCGCCAGCUCGAGGACCUCGUCCCCGUCUGGGCCGUCCUCGACUACACGAACGCCCCGCUCGUCCAGCGCGAGCUCCUCCUGGCCAAGGUCAACAUCCUCGGCCCCGAGUACUUUGAGGAGCUCCUCGAGCACCACCGCGAGAUCACCACCAGCCCCGAGGCGGACAUCGACACCGCAGAGUACGCUGCCGAGGGCGGAAACGAGAGGCAGCCGACCCUUGAGGAGACGUCCGUCGACUUCCACCCUAGCAAGCUGGCCGCCAGCGAGGCUCUCCGCCACAAGCACGAGCACCUCAAGUCCAUCACCUACUUUGCCCAUCAGUUCGGAGGCAAGGUGCUCGAUAUUAGCAACACGAGCUGCAUUGUCGAGAUCUCUGCCAAGCAGUCUAGGAUCGACUCCUUCCUCAAGCUCAUCGCCCCCUUUGGCAUCCUCGAGUCCGCCCGCACCGGUCUCAUGGUCCUUCCCCGUUCGCCUCUCAAGGGCAUCAACGAGGGGGCCAUGAUCAAGGAGGCCGACGAGGCUGUCGACGUCAGCUCCCUGCCCCCCGGUUAG